CUCUGCAACUCGCUCGCUGUUGUUUCGCCCAAUUACAGUUUGUCUGAGAAAACCUACCGCGUGCCACCGAACGUCCUUGAGUCUUUGAUGAUAUCGUUACCGACCCCCACAAGUACAUUCAUCUUACCUGUUCAUCAUGAUCGCGCUCGUUACCACGGCGCUGCUCGCCGCCUCGGCGACUGCUCAACUCACAACGGCCAUGUGGGGAUUCUCAGUUCCCAAAUUCGCGAAUGAAACCUACACAGGGUCCGUCGUGGACUUCAGCGUCAACCGCACAACCGUUGCAUACACCGCGGACAGCAUGACAAGCACAAAGACAGUGACCAUCGGAGGAGUCACGUAUGUCGGCUACACUGCGACGCCGACCGUGAUAGGGCAUACGUCCGCUGCGUUCGUCGUAACGUGCUCACGGGCGAACCAAGAUGUCAGUGCGACGUGCCUGCAGUCUCAGAUCGGCGCUGAGUCGAAGAUGUCCGCGUAUUGCCAAUCCUUCUCCAGCGUCGUGGCACAGACGACACACGAAGCGCCCGAAUGGUGCACGAACUCUGCAGCCUUCAGCGAGGAGGCGAGAUCGCCUAUGACGAUCUCGGAAGCCGCAAUGGCGACGUAUGCGCUUGUGUUGACAGGCGGGCUUGAGAAGCUGUCCGCGACCGCUACAAGCUCGGAAGUAGAAGAUGCAGGCCAGACUAGGGAGAGCACGUCAACUCCGACUAGAUCAGCCGCUGCGACAGCGAUAGGUGCUGCAGCUUUGUUCAAAGUGCCGGCAUUAGCAGCUGCAGGUGCCGCAGUCGCCUGGUUCCUGUAGACCAUGCUAUGCUGCGUAAAGUAAGAAACGUACUGCUAGGCAUUAUAGAUAGAAGUACGAUCAAGCUACGAAUUGAAUGUUGCAGCCCAAGGCUCGUAAUCAUCCCUUUGUAAAACCCCCUCGAUCUGGCGUCUCCGAACGCCGACGUUUCCGCCAUCAAACAAGGGCAAACAAGCUGCGUCCCGUAACAGACGCGAGAAUGGCA